CCUCUUCCCCCCUUCAGAAAAUCAAAAAAAAGCCUUCCGAAGAAAGCCCUUUAACUAGGUUCUUUCUCUCGUAUCAGCUGCCUCAGUCCUCCGAGAAAACCCAAAAAAAAAAAGUUACAUUACAUAGACGAUGUCCGACGUCGCCGAACAGACCCCCGCCGUUGAGGCUCAGGCUCAGGAGCAGGUUGCUGCCACCUCCCCCAAGGUUGAGGAGGCCACUCCUACCCAGUCCGCUGAGGCGCCGGCCGCCCAGUCCUCGAGCGUUACCUCCCCCAGCGCUUCGCUUUACGUUGGUGAGCUCGAGCCCACCGUGACCGAGGCUAUGCUCUUCGAGUUGUUCAACUCCAUCGGUCCCGUCGCCUCCAUCCGUGUCUGCAGGGAUGCCGUUACCAGGAAGUCUUUGGGAUAUGCCUACGUCAACUAUCACUCCACCGCUGAUGGUGAGCGUGCUCUCGAGGAGCUCAACUACACUUUGAUCAAGGGUCGUCCCUGCCGUAUCAUGUGGUCCCAGCGUGACCCUGCCCUCCGCAAGACCGGUGCCGGUAACGUCUUCAUCAAGAACCUCGACGCCGCUAUUGACAACAAGGCCCUCCAUGACACAUUCUCUGCUUUCGGUAACAUCCUUUCCUGCAAGGUCGCCACCGACGAGAUGGGCAACUCCAAGGGUUAUGGUUUCGUUCACUACGAGGCCGCCGAGUCCGCUGAGAACGCCAUCAAGCACGUUAACGGCAUGUUGUUGAACGACAAGAAGGUCUUCGUCGGUCACCAUGUCAGCAAGAAGGAGCGUCAGUCCAAGUUCGAGCAGAUGAAGGCCAACUUCACCAACGUCUUCGUCAAGAACAUCGACUCCGAGGCCAACGAGGAGGAGUUCGCCGCUUUGUUCGAGCCCUUCGGCAAGAUCACCUCUUCGUCCUUGGCCAAGGAUGCUGAGGGUAAGGCCCGUGGUUUCGGUUUCGUCAACUUCGAGUCUCACGAGGAGGCCACCAAGGCCGUUGAGUCCCUCAACGACUCCGACUUCAAGGGCAAGAAGCUCUACGUCGGUCGUGCCCAGAAGAAGCAUGAGCGUGAGGAGGAGCUCCGCCGCCAGUACGAGCAGGCUAAGAUUGAGAAGAUGAACAAGUACCAGGGUGUCAACCUCUUCAUCAAGAACCUUGAGGACGACGUCGAUGACGAGAAGCUCCGCCAGGAGUUCUCCGUCUACGGUAGCAUCACGUCCGCCAAGGUCAUGAAGGACGACAAGGAGAAGUCCAAGGGAUUCGGAUUCGUCUGCUUCUCUUCCCCCGAUGAGGCUACCAAGGCUGUCACCGAGAUGAACUCCCGCAUGAUCGGCACCAAGCCCCUCUACGUUGCCCUCGCGCAGCGCAAGGACGUCCGCCGCCAGCAGCUCGAGGCCCAGAUUGCUGCUCGCAACCAGAUCCGCAUGCAGCAGCAGGCUGCCGCUGCCGGUAUGGGUCAGGGACCUUACCCCGGACCUAACGGUGUUCCCCCCAUGUUCUACGGUCAGGCCCCGCCUCCUCAGUUCGGCCCGAUGGGCGGUAUGCCCCGUGGUCCCUUCCCUCCCCAGGGAAUGCCUCGUGGUCCCCGCUGGCAGAACGGUGCCCCCAUGCCCCCCAUGCCCUACGGCAUGCCUCCUCCCCAGUUCGGUGGAUACCCUCCCCGCGGUAACCAGCGUGGCCCCAUGCCCGGUAUGCCCCGUGGUGGACCCAUGGGUGGCCCCCGCGGUCCUUACCGCAACAACGAGCCCCAGCAGCCCGCUGAGAUCUCCCAGGCUCCCAAGAUCACCGAGGAGUCCCUCGCCGGUCUCCCCAUCGAGCAGCAGAAGCAGGUUCUCGGUGAGGCUAUGUACCCCAAGAUCGCCGCCCAGCAGCCUGAGCUCGCUGGUAAGAUCACUGGUAUGUUGUUGGACAUGGAGAUCCCCGAGUUGGUUUCCCUCGUCGAUGAUGACGCUCAGUUGAACGCUAAGGUUGAGGAGGCUUUGACUGUCUUGAAGGAGUACCAGGCCCAGCAGGACCCUACUGAGGCCCCCGCCGUUGAGGGUGAGGAGGCUGCUGAGGAGAAGACCGAGGCUUAAACGCACAAAACUG